AUGGUGCAGCCCAACAAUGACGAAGACGACUACGUCUUCCCUGAUCUUAUCGAAGUUUCCAACGACGAACGCGAUCAUUCCCUUAGUGUCAUCAACAAUCCAGCAUCCCCAAUGUCCACAGGCUGGGCGAUACUUGGGAACUCCGGCAGCUCCUCCGAUGCCAUAUCUGAGCCCAAUAGUGUGAAAGCCUCCCCGGACCGGUCUCUCCCAGCUGCUUCCAACAGAACCUUACCCCGUGAACUGGAGACCUGGCUACGUCCCGUAUUGUCUGCGACUAUCCCUAAUACACGCCCUGCCCUCACGUUCCAAGAGGCACUUGAUCAAUCCGAGCCCACAUCCUCGGCUUCCCAAUCUAUCGACUUGGCGACUCGGAAGCUGAUUGACUGGGAAGGUCUCCUAGCUCGAACCUUUAGCCGCGAGGACACGAACUCCCCGGAAGCCGGUCCCUCGCAAAGAACCCCUCACCAAGUUGGCUUGAAUCCGACUGGAGAUCUUCAUGAACAGGUUCUGCAUUCCAACCGUAUCUCCAAGCAGGACAAAGCUUUGGCUAACGAGCAAUACUAUCGACAGCUUCUCCGAUCCCGUUCCGUCCGAUCCAACUACCACGUGCGUGACCUCAGAGAACAUGCUGGCAAGGUCCCGGACCCCGAAUGGCGCUGGUGCGGCUUUCCGGGUUGCGACAACGGUGCCUGUCGAUACGACUUCCUUUUGUCAUGGGGGACCGGAUACGUCGUCGCCCCUCUUGAUUCAGGAAGAGACUGUGACAUCCUGAAAGAUCUUCUUGACGCCUUUGGCUCCCAGAACUGGAAUUACAUGGCGGAGCCCCACAGCCGGGUUUCGUUUGCAACGUCCCCUCCUGUCAGGAACGCCGUUGGCCAGUUUCUCAUUCGCUUCAACUAUCUGCAGGGUGCCGCUGUGGGAUGGGACACGGGAGACUAUCAAGCAACAGUGAUGUAUUUCACAGACAUGCGCACCAAGAACUUCCCCGUAUUGCACCCGCACAAUAUCGAUAAGCUUCACAGCGAGAUGGACAAGGAAAUCUCGCGUUCGGACCGUGCUGUUGCCCCACGGCGUCUUAUUCUUCAGUUCAUCAUGCGGCUCGAGGCAUGGAGACAGCACCAGAUCAAGCAAGGAUAUCCUUGGGACUGGCCUUUACACGAUGCUCUCGAUAUGUAUCGAACCAUUCUCGAGACCUAUCGACAAUCCAUCCACAAGGGGUUCUCGACUCUGAAGACUGCGAUGCAGGCAGAGCAGGACAAGGCUUGGGUGCUCUGGUGGGAUCAGACAGGAGCUUGGGAGUUGAUUCCAAAGAAAAUAAUGUUUCUGCUGCGGUGGUCUAUGAAGGCGUGGGACAGUACAAGCCACAUUGGUGGCCGAAUUGGCCAAGAGCACCUGGGUUGGACGCAUCUCUAA